UGGCGGCGGGGCCGGUGCGGAGCAGCCGAGCACCGUGGGGGAUUUUAAUCCGAUUCCGGCCGGCCCGGAUUUUAUCGCGAGCGGCUUUUAAAGCGCCUCACGUCCCUCUCGCCUCUGCGGACGGGGCAGCAUGUCCGAAGCGGAGCAGCAGUUGGCGGCCGCCGCCGGCGCCACCCAGAACGGACACGAAGCGGCUGAGAGCUCCGGGGAGCAGCAGCAGGCCGACACCGGCGGGGCCUCGGCGGCUUCGGCGGGCACAGCGACGGCGGCGGCGGGAACGGCGGGAACGGCGGCGGCGGGAGCCGGUCCUGCGGCGGGGACGGCGGGGGUGGCCGCCAGCCAGAACGGGGCCGAAGGCGACCAGAUCAACGCCAGCAAGAACGAGGAGGACGCGGGGAAAAUGUUUGUUGGUGGCCUCAGUUGGGAUACAAGCAAAAAAGACUUGAAAGACUACUUCACCAAGUUCGGUGAGGUAACUGACUGUACGAUAAAGAUGGACCCCAACACAGGGAGAUCCAGAGGCUUUGGAUUUAUACUCUUCAAAGAACCUGGGAGUGUUGAAAAGGUUCUGGAACAGAAAGAACACAGGCUAGAUGGACGACUAAUUGACCCCAAGAAGGCCAUGGCAAUGAAAAAGGAUCCAGUGAAGAAAAUAUUUGUUGGUGGACUUAACCCCGAAGCCACAGAAGAGAAAAUCAGGGAAUACUUUGGCGAGUUUGGAGAGAUUGAAGCAAUUGAACUUCCAAUGGAUCCAAAGACCAACAAAAGGAGGGGGUUUGUGUUCAUCACUUUCAAGGAAGAAGAUCCAGUGAAGAAAGUUUUGGAGAAGAAAUUCCAUAACGUCAGUGGAAGCAAGUGCGAGAUAAAGGUAGCACAGCCAAAAGAAGUAUACCAGCAGCAACAGUUCAGUAGUGGUGGAGGAAGAGGUAGCUAUGGAGGAAGAGGCAGAGGUGGAAGAGGUGGUGCUCAAAGUCAAAAUUGGAAUCAAGGUUAUGGCAAUUACUGGAACCAGGGUUAUGGGAAUCAAGGAUACGGCUAUCAGCAAGGUUAUGGUGGCUAUGGAGGCUAUGAUUAUUCAGGAUAUGGGUAUUAUGGAUAUGGACCAGGCUAUGAUUACAGUCAAGGCAGUGCAAAUUACGGGAAGACACCAAGGCGUGGUGGCCAUCAGAAUAACUACAAGCCAUAUUGAUCAAACUUAUUCAGGCCUGGCAGUGGUCACAGUUGAUGCCUACAAGCACUGGAUAUUCCACAAGUUGAAGACGGAAUACUGACUUGUUUACCUGAAGAUAAUAGGACUUCGGGGGUAUUUCCUCAGAGAAAAUAUAAAUUUUAAUAUAAUUUCAUAAGCUUUGGAGGUUAGCUUGUCUUGUAGCUUCAGUGAUAUCAAACUUCUUUGAGUAGGAGCUAGAUAGAAAGCUGUUUAGUUUUUGCCAGCAUAUGUAAAACAAGACUUUUCUAUCUGCAUUGUAGAUUGUUUGUGGACACUUCCAGAUUCUUGUGCUUUCUGCAGUCAUUCUGGGGACUGAACUCUCAUUGAUAUCGAUAGAGGUUCCAUGAACAGGACAUCUGCAGGAUACCGAGUAGAAGCCCACAGUGUGGUUUGGAGUAGUGAACUGCUUUAGUUUGGAGAUGACUGGGGGAGAUGGGAAGAGCAACUGUACAUUAAGGGAACAAUGACAGAUCUUCCCAGUGACAUCAAUGAGAGAUUUGCCUUCGACCUUCCACAGAAGAAUUAGCUUUAAUUUGGGACAGCAAAGGGGUUUUUCAAAAGCAUUAAAAGCCAGUGGGAGCUCUUUCAGCAGCUCCUUUCGCCUUUAAAAACCCUCACACCAAAAGUAAUAGCUAACGUCAUAAAAUGGAAGUAAAUAAAAUGCAUUUUCAUUGCUGUUUGAGUUACAUAAUUCUUGUUUCUUGAUUUGUUAGUUGAUCUGAAUUGAUUUGAUUUGUACAGUGACCGAAAAUGUGGUCAGUAACUAAUUGGUAAAGAUGUGAAAUAUAGCCACAAAGCAAGCAGCGUGUAGGUGUAGGCCCUAGGCAGUGAACAAAGCUAGACAACAGAUUACUGCCUAUGUCUGUAAAUCUUGUGUGUCCACACUGACCAAGCCAAUGUCCAAUUCAGCGUUUAACAGAUGACAAAUGCUCCCACCUGACUGAAAGGAUAAGCCCAAGAACAGCUAGGACACAGUCACCAGACAUCAGAAACCUCACUCUGUCUGUGCAGAGCACCGAGCACAUUGCUGCUGCUAUUCACACCACCAGGGCUAGCAUUACUUACACCAGGAUGGAGCUGUGCAGGGCACGUUCCCCCUGGAGCCAUCAGCCACAUGUCCUCCCAGCGGUCCUGCAGCACCAGCUGCCCUGAGAUGCAAAGGAACCUCCUCACAGGUUCAAAUCUACUCAGUGCACCAAAAAUGACUCCUUGUAUCAACUGGCUUGUCAGCACAAAAAUCAGGCCCUUAAUUUCACUUGAGCCUCCUACACAGCGCCUAGCAACUUCUAUUGGGCUAAGGUAUUUCCUCCCGAAACCAUCUGUGAAAUCAGAAAGGCGUUAAAGCCACGGGGAUUCAUUCCAUCACCACUCUGGUUAGGAUUAGCCAGGCUCACCAAUAAAAAGCCAUGGCUUGUUUUAUGUGAUUUUGCAUAGCUUCCACUUCAGCCAUUGGAUGCAUCUUCGAACAUCUUUCUCUGUUCAGUUCAAGAACUUACUGCUAUAAAGUAUCUCCUCCUUGUAAAGGAAUCUGCCUCUUGAUCUUCAUUGUGAGCUGAACAGACUCGGCUGUAAGCCAUUGUGUUUCCUGCAAAAUAAUUUUUCAGAGCUUUUUUCUGCACAAUCCCUGCUUUUCCAAGAUCUUAAGAAAUGUUACUCAUAAGAUGUUUGCAGUUCUUUCCUUUUUAAAUUUCUCUCAUUAAUGCAAUAUGUAAUAGAAAUCCUAAUCAUCCUUCAUUACCUUGCUCUGCAUGGAUGUGCCUGAGAUAAGUUAAAGAAAAGAGACCAAAAAAAAGCACUGACAGAGGAGGACAAGAGGAGCGUGCAGAGCUACACAGAUCACAAUCAAACCACACAAACACAAGGAAAUAAAAUGCAAGUGAAUCCUACAGACCAAGACAAAUACUCCGAACUCCAAGUUUUGGAACCCCAGUAGCAACAGUAUACACUCUUGCUUAAUGGAAGACUUCAGCAGAGUCCCUCCCUGCCCCACAACUGUCUGUUCUGAAAGCAUUGCUGUGUUUUUGUUUUGAAAUUUUGCAGUAGAGGUUUCUUAAAGAAUUUGAGUUCUGCUUUUACAAAGAGCUGGCACAUCUUCAGCUGCAGACCACAGAACAGGACCCAGAGGUGCUUCCUCUUGAGAUCAAAGGUUAUCUGAUAGUAGCCAAAACAUCCACAGGCAGUCCAGGUUACUUUUUCCAACAAUUUGCUAUUUCCAUCACAACGACAGCAGGCAGCAACAAAGGGAGCUUGGCCUUGUUUCCUCUGCAGGUUUGAAGUCCUUUUGUUUGACCAGAUGGCAUACAGCAGCUUCUUCCAUCCUUAGGGCUGCAUCCUCUUUUUCUUUUUUUUCUGCCAGUUUUUUUCACUCUUUGAGUACACACGUGCAAUGCAAAUAGAGUUGAGAGCCAGGUUAGGACAGGGAGCUGGUAAGGCACACAGGGCAACGCGCUGUCUCAGUGCUGUUAGUUCACACAGCAGCAUUAGCAGUGAGUUCUGGUCAUUCCCAGCAAGUGUCAUUGGUACCUUUAUCACGUCUUGAUGUUAUCAUGCAUAUCUUAUGGGUUUGAGAGCUUUACAGUAUAUUCAGAGUCCAUAAAUGACAGAAUCCAGUAUAAAAAAAGGUCAAUAUAUUACUGUUGAAGGGCUGUUUUCUUCCUUUUUUUAUACAAAAAUCAAAAAGAUCAAAAUAUAUCACAUUAUUUACACACUGUGCUUCAUGCUUAGAGAUCACUGCAAAAGAACACACAGACAAACAUUUUAAUCAAAGAGAAAUGCUCCAUUACUCAUCUUGUUAAUAUCAAGAUUGAUGAUCAGAUUCCUUAUCAUAUUAACAGCAUGUCCAAAUGAUUUGGCACCGAAUUAAAACCUUACACGCUAAGGGCAUGCUUAUGUCCUAACUGAGGGCUUGCAACCAGUUAGUAACGUGCUUGCUGUUAAUUGGUGGCUUUUUCAGCCUCAGCAAGGUUUUGGCGUGGUGCUCCCUGCAGCUGUGCAGACAGCAGUGUGUGCUAUGGGGAGCAGGGCAUGGAGGCAGGCAGGGCACUGUUCUCACAAGGCACAGCGCUGCUGGGCAGGCACACAGCCCACUGCUGGAGCACAGCACCUAACAGCUCCCCAGGGCCCACGCGAGGAGGUAUUGGCAUUACUCUCACUGUACCUUGUGCCAACAUCCUGCUACUGGCAGUCCGUCUGGUCCCUGCAAAACAGAAUAUAUGGAUUUCAUUUCUGUUGAUGGCAGUGUAAGUGUCAGAACCAAAAACCCAAAGCUCAGUCCUGAAACAAUAAAAACGUCAGCAGUGCGGUAAGAGACAGUGAGCAUGCAGAACCAACUUACUGUAUAUGCACAACAGUACAUACACAACAGUACAUACACAACAGUACAUACACAGGCAGUGUGGUCUGUGCACAGCACAAAAUCAAAUACGCUCCAGGAUAAAAAAAAGUUGACACUUCCUUGCAACAAAAGUGAACACAUAAAAGUCUGGAACCUCGAUUAAUUCAGAAUCUGCUUUAAAAAGUAGCGUUUUUGUGAUCAGACCUAUUUGUGGAAAGCAUGAUGUGGAAAUGUAUCUUUUGUUCAUAUGCACUUCUUGAGUUGGGGUUAAUAUAUCUUUUCAUGAUAUUCUGUGUUCAAUUUGAUCCUGCAGUGCUUAGUUUCUUUAAGAAAUCUCGAAUUGCUGAACUGACUGAAAUCGGAUAGGUUGUGGGCUGUGUAAGGGGAGUGAAAAGACUUGUCUUUUUCUGAUGGAGAUGCAUGAAGUAUACAGAAAUGAGAAAGCUGGAAGAGCUUACUUACCAGGAGGAAAACACUGACAAGGAAGGAGCCCUCAGCAGAGGAAUGGACUUUUUAUGACCAACUUUUCAAGCUACGUUAGCAGACAUAGCUGACUUCAGCUAUUUCAGCCUUUUCUGAUGCUGGAUUUUUUAAGGCUCUUGGAUCUCUGAUUGCAUGAAUUGCUGCAUGUAGAGCUACAGGGAGCACACAUGCACCGACCCUUCCCUCAGAACCACCUCCAAGUUAACUAGGGGUUGGAAGCCACGAAGACGUGUUUGCAGUGGAGAAAACUGCUAGUGCAAAUAGAGGUCAAAAUGCAUUUUUACAUUUUUUACUGUAAAUGUCAGUCAUCACAUUUUUUGUAUUCUGUAUUGAUUUUAUAUGUAAAAUAGCCUAUGCCCAAUAAAAGAGAUGCAGUGAUGUAAGGUUACCCUUUCCAGCUA